AGCCACGAGACCUCAGGCCGGCCUGCCGCGGCGCCGCGGGCGCCGGAGCCCCGGGCGCGCGCACCCUCCGGCCGUGCCAUGAGGCUGCUGCGGCGCGCGUGGCGGCACCGGGCGGCGCUGGGCCUGGGCGGUCUGGCGCUCUGCGGCGCCGCGCUGCUCUACCUGGCGCGCUGCGCGGCCGAGGGCCCCCGCCCGCCGCCGCCCGGCCGCAGCGCCCCGCCCGCCGGGCCCGCGCGCGCCGCCGCCUUCCUGGCGGUGCUGGUGGCCAGCGCGCCGCGGGCUGCCGAGCGGCGCAGCGUGGUCCGCGGCACGUGGCUGGCGGCGGCGCGGCGCGGCGCUCCGGGCGACGUGUGGGCGCGCUUCGCCGUGGGCACGGGCGGCCUGGGCGCGGAGGAGCGGCGCGCCCUGGAGCGCGAGCAGGCGCGGCACGGGGACCUGCUGCUGCUGCCCGCGCUGCGCGACGCCUACGAGAACCUCACGGCCAAGGUGCUGGCCAUGCUGACCUGGCUGGACGAGCACGUGGCCUUCGAAUUCGUGCUCAAGGCAGACGACGACUCGUUCGCGCGGCUGGACGCGCUGCUGGCCGAGUUGCGCGCCCGCGACCCCGCGCGCCGCCGCCGCCUCUACUGGGGCUUCUUCUCGGGACGCGGGCGCGUCAAACCCGGGGGCCGCUGGCGCGAGGCCGCCUGGCAGCUCUGCGACUACUACCUGCCCUACGCGCUGGGCGGCGGUUACGUGCUCUCGGCCGACCUGGUGCACUACCUGCGCCUCAGCCGCGAGUACCUGCGCGCGUGGCACAGCGAGGACGUGUCGCUGGGCGCCUGGCUGGCACCGGUGGACGUGCAGCGCGAGCACGACCCGCGCUUCGACACCGAGUACAAGUCCCGCGGCUGCAGCAACCAGUACCUGGUGACACACAAGCAGAGCCUGGAAGACAUGCAGGAGAAGCACCAGACGCUGACGCGCGAGGGCCGCCUGUGCAAGCAGGAGGUGCAGCUGCGCCUCUCCUACGUCUACGACUGGGCCGUGCCGCCCUCGCAGUGCUGUCAGAGGAAGGAGGGCAUCCCCUGAGCGCCGCCCCUGUCCCCGGGACUCCGCGCGCACUGCAGCUCCUCUUCGUGCUUCCGCGCUAGAGGGGAGGCCAGGACAGACGCCUUGGGAGGUGGCUGCUGCAGCAAGAGUCACUCGGGGGGUCUGUGGAGCUGCGGCUGAGGUGGCCUCCCACCGGCCUUCCACUGGCAAAGCUGACAGGUUCUGGCUAGUUAUUUGGGAUGAAUCCAGCCCUCAAAGGGACCUGGUUUAUCCGGUGAUGGGUGGAGCUUUUGGGCAGAUGCCAAGCGGCAGUGGACAACUGCUGGGCCCUGGCUCCUGUCUGCACCCCAGGGUGUGCACCUCAGCGGCCAUACAUGUGGGCUCAUUCAAGAGCAUCUUUUUCUGGGCCUGGGAGACCCUUGAGGCUUGCCACACCAUCACAUCAUGGCCAGGUAGAAAUGUCCUGUCCCUGGAUUUCAGCCAGCAUUUGCCUGGACUGGGAACAUGCCCAGCUUUGGGGGUGACGGCAGGCAGAGCCUCCUCCAGUGUGCAGAGGUUUGCAGCCCCCCCACCUGUCCACUUGCUGUCCUGUGCCACGGUGGGGGCAAGGAGCCAGAGGCUGGGGCUGACAGGCACUUGCAGAACCUGACCUGAAAGAAAGAAUUCUGACUUGUUUGGGAUGGGGACUGUGCCACGGCCCACGUCCGCUGUACCCACCGUCCACCUAGGAAAUCACCCUGCGCCGAGAGCCAUGACUGCUGUAAACUGACCCGCAGGCCCUGGUGUGUUGCAACUUACCUGCGUGUUGCAGGCCAACGGCUUUUAUCAAAAUUACUGUUGCUUUGUUUCGUUAGGUUCCUUUCUUUCUCGUCUGGUGUUGGUAUCAUUAGUCAUGUGUAAGUCUAAGAUUUAACUGCGUUUUAUGUUAAUUAGCUAUAAAGCAUUGUGGUCUGUGUGUGGCCCUGGAGUGAAGUCAUGGUAAAUGUAAUUCAGCACUUGCCUGUGAUUUAUUUAUAAAUGUUGUAAAUUUGUGGGUCUCAGUGUUUUUUAAAUUAUUUAAGAGAAGACUUUUCUAUCAGAA